UCUAUGUGCUGGAGCAGAUGGUGGGAAGACAAGACAGAUAGAUAGAGAGCUAGAAAGGCAGCGUGCGGUCACUUUACUGCUCACCGUGCGGCGGAACAACACUGCGAUACCUCGCCGAUGUGACAUCGCCCCUCCGGGACAUCAGGCGUGGUCUGUAGUUUUGUCGUAGCUGGAGCAAUAACCAGUUUGGCACCGAACUUGACUUAAUUGGUGCGGCAACGCGGAACAAGAAAUGGAACUUUUAUUGGACACACGUGGAAGGCGAACGGUCCAAUAUCUGCUGUUACUAUUAUUACUAUGUGUUUCCACCGUCAGAGCAGCAGCUUCCUGUCCCAGACCUGAGCAAAAGCAAAACGCCGUCCUGACCGACGAAACACUCCUGAAGAACGAUUUUCCGGAGGGCAUUGACAUAACAUUUGAAUGUGCCCACGGGUUUACUAGGGAAGACGGUUCUGGGAGUGUGACCUGUACCGGUGGACAGUGGACUGAACUAACUCUGGCGUGCAAAAAGAUAGACUGUGGUCCACCCCAACAGCAGCCCCACACGUCAUAUGGGAUCUCUGAGAACGGGACCGUGUUUACUGCAUCAGUAAAAGUGUUGUGUGAUCGAGGCUAUCAGCUCAGUGGUGCAUCUUACAAACAGUGCUUUGCUAGAGGUUGGAUCGGGAAAUCAAGAUGUAAACCUAUAACUUGUAGUAAACCUGCUGAAGUGAACAACGGCAGAAACACGUGGGAUAAUCAGAGUACUACAGUAGCAUACGACGAAAUCAUCGAGUACUUUUGCAAUGAAGGAUACACCCUCACUGGGAAUAACUCCAUUAAGUGCAGUGAAAAUGGUCGAUAUGAUUCACUGCCCCCUGAAUGUAAAGGUGACGAAGAUAUUACCAAACUGGGUUUUGCCCCUUCAACAGAGGUGUCCACCCCCGCCGGCACCUCUGCUACACUCGCAAGUCACACAGCUAUUAUUUCUACAACUGGCAUAACAUCAGCUGCAUCUACAUCAACUUCACCAUCACUUGGAGGUGGCAGAGACACAUACACACCAGGAGAUAAUAUUAUCACAACCAGGGUAUCCUCCACUGUUUCACCUGGCGUAAAAGGGAUGGGGGAGGAUGUAAAUACAAGACAAUUGGAUCCAAGAUACAAGGACGCUGUUAUUGCAGUCACUGUAAUAACCUUGGCCGCAGUUGUACUGUCCAUUGUGUUCGUCAAACUUCAGAAGAGGAAAGGCUCUUACGACACCAGAGAAGACCUGAAGCCGGAGUUAUUACAAUUCCAAAACCUUUAAUUGAACGGCUACCAAAAGCUCUGGAAAUAGUGUCAUCCCUAUCUGUUAGGGAGUAUCUGUGACCUUUGGAGGAAGUGGCUACUUCCUAAACAAAGCAAAGUCCCUCGUUUGGAUCACAUUGCACUUCAAACUGCUGGACUAUGGAUCGAAAGAAGCAGUGAGAAAAAAGUAAAAAAUAGCACUUUAUAUGUUUUUUGUCACUCUAAUGUAAAUAUUUAAUGUGCAUACAUUGUAUAUAUUUUAUUGUAAUUUAUGUUGGAAGCUGGGAUAAACAUGUUGGUUCCACACGUGAGGAAAUAUUUCCAAAUCUCUUAAAGACAUGCAUUUAUUUGCUACCACAAAGCUAUUUAAUGAGAAGAGAGCUGUGACAAAAGAAAGAAAUCCGGAGGCAUAGAAUGCGUUUAUUUAGUCAUGCUGGAGAACACAGCUGGGCGACUGUGAAAGAUACCAUCAACUGCAUUCUCUCCCUCCUGUGUGAAUUUUUUUUGUUUGUCCCCCCCCCCCCCCAUUGUCCAUUGUUGCUGGGCAAAUUCUAGCAGGUUGUGUGCACUCACUACCCAUAAAGUGAUGGGCCUUCUACAUUAAUGAGAAAAUGGACCAAGCAUUAUUAAUCUAUUACUGUGUUCUGUAAGGUGUCCUUGAGUACUCUGAUAGGUGCUCACAAAUAAAAUGUAUUAUUAUUAUUAUUAUUAGACUGACCCUAAGAUCAUGUAUUAAUGUUGGGGGAAUGCCCAGGUUAAUAAUUUCUGUCCAUACAUGACUGGUGAGUACCACUUA